AUGUGGGAAGGUCGACCGAUCGAUUUUAUCAAUGGUUGGCCAAUAUUUGGAAAUGAUAAUGAUAAUACUGGAAUAUCCAUGUCCACAUCAAUGAUAAUGAAUUGUAACUCACCAAAAUUAAUCAGUAAAGAAAAUCACACCAAUUCAUUACAACAUCCACGACGUAACGAACGUGAUAAAGCAUCCUGUAAACCGGAUCAAUUAUCAGAUCCGGAUGCAACAGCUAAUGGUUCAAGUUCGAGCGUCAGUUGGCAACUUCUUUCCGUCACACUUCAUCGAAUUCCAAAAGUUGGUUUCGGGAUAGCAGUAUCCAGCGGUCGGGAGAAUCCGAAUUUUACAUCGGGUGAUCCGACUGUAAUCGUAAGUGACGUGAUUCCAACUGGUCCUGCUUGGGGACUUGUUCAGGUAAACGAUUGCAUAUUAUCAGCAAACGGUGUUGCACUUGAAACAGCUGAUUACGCGGAAGCGAUAAAAAUUAUGAAAGAAUCGCAACAAUUAAAUAUGAUUGUAAAACGACGAGUACCAGUACCACAUAUCGAAUAUGAGCAACGUACACUAAAAUUCACCUUAUCAAAAUCUCGAAAAAAGGAAGAUUUUGGUAUCAUACUUGGUUGUAAAUUUUAUAUCAAAGAAAUUACAAAUCGUAAAUUAGCUGAAAAGGAUCCUGGUUUACGUGAAGGUGAUACGGUUCUCAGGAUAAAUGGUCAAUCCGUAGAAGGUGUCACAAUUGAGGAAGCAACCAAAUGGCUUUCAAAAAGUCGCGAAAAACUUUCUCUUGUUGUUCAAAGAGAUGUACGACGAGAUAGUAGCAGAUGGCCAAGUCAGAAUACAGUUUAUGAACGAUUAGGUUCGGUAUCAGGAACACCACGACAUAGUCCAUCACCGAUGCAUAAUUUACAUCAGUCAUUAGCACCACGAUCAUCACUUGAAUAUGUCAACACGUCAACAAUGUCAAAUGCUAGGUGGUCUCAAAGUGAACGACAGUCAAUUGAUUAUGGAGAUUUUCAUCGAAGAAAUGGAAGUAUUACAAACAGUCAAAGUAGUCAAAGUGAUGUGAGCAUUAGAACAAUUCGAUUUCGAAAAAUUGGAGGAAGUUUGGGUGUUCGUGUAAUUGGUGGAAAUCAAGUUGGUAUCUUUGUAUCAGCUGUUCAAGAAGAUUCACCUGCUGCAAUACAUUCUAUCAGAUCGGGUGAUCGUAUUUUAUCUGUUAAUGAGAAAUCAAUGAUUGGUGUUACUCGAGAAGAGGCUGUUCGUCAUUUAUUAGCACUACAUGAUGAUGUGACAAUUAAAGUGGAAUAUUCGGCCGUAGAUUAUGAAAGAAUCAGAAAUGGACCAUUAGGAGAUAAUUUUUAUAUUAGAACUCAUUUUGCUCAUCAAAAAACAUCCAAUCAUUUGGAAUUAUCAUUUCAUAGCGGUGAUAUUUUUCAUAUCACUGAUACUCUUUUUGGUGGAACAGUUGGUUUUUGGCAAGCUACACGUGUCUAUUCUGCUGCUGAAAAUGGAAAUUAUAUUCAAAAUGAUAAUAAUAAAGGCGUUAUACCAAAUUCAGAAACUGCUGAAAAAUUAGCAAAAGCAACACGUAAUGAUACGUCAACAUUUGGUCGUUCUACUUUUUUCCGUCGAAAAUUGAAAGAACGACGAACAAAAUCGUUAACAAAGAAUGUAAUCGAUGAUGUAACUUUUGAGAAUGCUUGUGAUAUGACUUUUCCUGCUUAUGAACGUGUCACAUUGAGGCAUCCACAAUUUCAGAGGCCUUUAGUACUUUUUGGUCCAUUAGCUGAUAUUGCUCGACAACGAUUGUUAGCUAAUUUUGCUGUUCGUUUUGCUGGUGUUAUCGAUGAAAGUAUCGUACGAUUAAGUGCAAUUGAUGCUGUUAUUGCUACAAAUAAGCAUUGUGUACUAGAUAUUAGUCCAGGAUCAGUGGAACGUUUACAACUUGCGCAAUAUGCGCCUAUUGUUAUUUUUAUUGAUGUUGAAAGUCGAAGCAGAAUACGUGAACUUCGAAGUAAAGCUGGUGCUCCAGCUAUUUCUUCCAAAAAACUCUCUGAACAAGCGCAUAAAAUUAAGAAACAUUACUCAUAUCUUUUAACAGCAACACUAGAUGCAACAAAAGAAGAUGGUUGGUUUGAAGCUCUAUUACAACUAAUAUCUCAUUUGCAAGAUCGUCGAGUAUGGAUGCCAGAAUUUCGACCACUUACAAAUUUAAAUGAUGUGAUCUUAUUACCCAUGCAUAAUUUUCAAAAUCAGAGUGAUUCCGAUAUAGAAUCAUUAAAGGGGGAUUACUCAGCUAAUGAAUAUUUCACAAAAUCACAAUUACAAUUGGAAAAUAGCGAUCCUCUUGUGAAAUCCGGUUUUGAUCCUCAACUAAGUACCUAUGAUCCUCAAUAUCCAGGACCACUUCGUUCAGUUCAAUCACACCUGGUGAAUUAUCCACCACCACCAUCACCAGCUACCGCUUCUUCUUCUUCUACUGCUGCUACUGCUACUGCUGCUGGAAUGUUAGCAUCACGAAGCAAUUUCUAUCAAAACGUUCAUCCUUACAUUAGCAAUAAUCGUCGAGUCAAUCAUAUUACUACAUCUGGAACUAUAAACACCAAUGCUAAUACCAUCACUACUGGACCAAUACAAGCUGGUUUCAGUGGUGCAAAACAGAUUUUGGCCGAAGGUACUGAAGAGUAUCCAACUGAUGGUACACGAGAAAUGAUACGAAGUCAUGUUGAAAAUGUUGACAAUUCAUCGUCAUCAUCAUAUAAUGCAAAUAAUUCUGUAAUUGGUGGUCAUGAUAUGAUGACGAUGAUGCAUUCGGGACGAACGGGAUUGUUUUAUGAUCAUUUAACAAGAGAUCGAUGGGUUAGUAAUCAAAGUGAGAAAAAGCAAAAUAUGUCAUCGCAAAUUACUCAUUCACCGUUUCGUUCUUCAAAUGCUCCAUUAUCAUCGUUACCUCGUGAAAGUCCGAUAUUGAUAAGCGAGAAUAAUGAAACGAUGCAUAACACUGAUGAUGAUAGUUCUAUUCUGCGAUUAUCACAUGCAUCUCCAACAAGUGAUUUAAAUGGUGCAAUGGAUCGUAUCACUAGUGCUGAUAAUAGUGAUAUCACAAAAAAAGAAGUUAUUAUCAGUUCAGAUCCUAAUGCUACAGUUAUUGAGCAUUCCACAGCAAUAAUAGAUGCCCGUGGUGGAAGAUUAAAUUGCCCAAAAACUGGUGUUUCAUUAAUCAUUCCGGAAGGAGCAAUUAAUGAAGGCAUUCAGCAAGAAAUUUACGUAAAAGUUUGCCGUGCAAGCGAUGCCGGAAAUCGACCACCACUUGAUGAAAGUCGCGGUGAAAGUUUAAUGAGUCCACUGGUGAUGUGUGGACCACAGAAUUUGCAAUUCAAUAUUCCGGUCGAAUUACGAUUGCCUCAUUCUGUGUCAAAUAGUAGUGAAAAUUGGUCACUAGCUUUAAAAUCUGGUACUGGACAGCAAUGGGAUCAAGUAUCAUUGGAUAAGAAUACUUCAUCAGUGGUAACAGAUCAUUUUGUUUCUCUUAAAAUUAAUCAUUUUUAA